AUGGCUACAGCGACUGCUACCCAGCCGAUGUCCAAGUCGGCCAGGAAGAAGGCCGCCAAGGCCAUCGAGCGCACCGAUUCUCCUGCACCUAGCACCACAUCCGUCGCAGCCUCUGCAGACAAGGCCGACGAUUCCUUCGAGAGCCCAUAUAUCAAGGAGCUUCAGAAGAACAUUCGAAACGUCAACAAGAAAAUUGUAAACGCCAACAAAACCGACUCCCUUCUCGCCGAACACAAAGGCAAAACCCUCGAUGAAUUAGUUGCCGCCAAGAUCCUCAACACCGACCAAAAGGCUCAGAUCCUCAAGAAGCCCGGUCUGCAGGCGCAGCUCGUAACACUCGAGGAGCAGCUUGCUCAAUACCAGAGGGUUCAUGAUCAGUACACAGCCCAGGCUGCCUCUGAAAAAGCCGAGUUCGAGAAUAGACUUCAGAAGGCCAAGGAAGAUGCGAGCGCGGAAGCUAAAGAAGCUUCUGACAAAAGUUUGCAGGACAACCUCCUUCUCCUGUCACAAUUCCUCCGUCUGGCUGCACAUAGUCGAGGUGAAAGCCAAAACCCUGAGGCGGACGAGAAUCAAGCCAUUGAGGGAGUCUUGCUUGCUAUUUACUCUGGGGACAGCUCUGCUGUUGCUGCCAUGAUAAAGCUGAUCCAAGGAUCUGGCGAGCAAGUCAUCAGCGUUGCCGGAGAGAAGCUGGAAUCGACCUACUCUGACAUUGGUGCCUUAGCCAAGGGCCACAUCGUUGCGGGGCACGCCGAACCAGCGGAAGCUGAAGCAGAAGAAGAUUCUGAUGUCACUGUUGCCGAGCCUACUAUUGCCGAGCCUACUGUUGCCGAGCCUACUGUUGCCGAGCCUACUGUUGCCGAGCCUAAUGUUGCAGAGAUUGAAGCUGCCGCGGAAUCUCUCACCGUUACCGAAGCUGCCCCAACCGGACUGGCUAAUGGCAACGACCUGUCCAUUUCACAAGAGUGGGUAGAUGUCCAGGCUCCUCAGGAUGCGGCCCCCGCGACUGAGGCUCCCGCUGAGGUUCCUGGGGCUCAGUCUUGGGCUGAUGACCAACCCGAGGCUGGCUCCGGCACCGCACCUCCCAACGAUGGAUUCCAUCAGGUGCAGCGAAACAGGGUCCGCCAUGAGCGCGAAGGCAGUGGUAACUUCCGCGGCCGCGGCCGUGGAGACUAUCGCGGUCGAGGCCGUGGUGAUGGUCGGGGCAGGGGAAGAGGCAACAAUCGUAACACGAGCACAGGAGGUGCCGCUCCCCGCCCCGCUCGUCGCGAGGAUCAGUAA